AUGUCUGAAAGUUUUAUAUUUUGUAAAAAAUGCUGCAAGACUGAAUGUCCUCCUUGUUGUAGAGAUACAGACUGUAGACAAAGGUUAAGGAUUGAAUCAAAGAUUUCAACAAUUGAUGUGAAAUUUAAUAGCAGUUCUGAGUUAAGUGUGACUAACGAUGAUGACAGUGAAACAGAAACAUUUCUGCAGGCUAUAAAUGAGACCAACAGCUGGAUUAAAGCUCUGCAGCACUGCCGACAUUUGAAUUCGACCCUGGUUCAGAUCACUGAUGAGACAGUGGGGUACGAAUUGCUGAGUCUGCUAGAGGAAAAUGAAGCCUUACAGAACGGAUCCUGGAUCGGACUCGAACGCUCCAUCUUUGGCACCAACUUGGAGUGGAAGUGGACCUCGGGGAUCAAAGCUGAUUACUCCGACUGGAACAGCAGCUUUUCUGUCGAUCCCUUGAACAACCACUGCGGAAAGAUUGUUUGGCUUGAAGAUUCAGACGAUUUCCAGCUGCUGGAUGGAAACUGCCAUGAAAAGCUACCUUUCAUCUGCCAACGUCAGCCAUAAUCUCUACGGAGCUCAGAAAACUACAUAGAUGGAUCAUCUUUCUGCGAAAAGUACUCUUUAAUUAUAAAGGGUUGCUCUGGAUUGCAUGUUUUUUUUUUAUGUUAGAUAUAUCGUUUUACAUUUAGUUAUUUUAUUUUAUUUCAUUUUAUGCUUUAUAUAUUUAUUAAGCAGCAUGAUUAAAACAAGCAGUUUAUCAUCUUUGAAAUUUUAUUUUUACCUCUUUUUGUAUUUCUGUUGAUGAAGAAGUAAAACACCCAGAAAA